AUGACAACAGUGCCGAAAAAAACAGAUCCUCGUCAACUACAUGACUCACUAAAGCCUUUGAACCUUUCAAACCCCAUACGACUUGCCUUUCUUGGAGGAGCCAAAUCGGGCAAAACAUCAAUAAUCUCCAAACUAAUCUUGGGUAAUUUCCGAGAUACUUAUUAUCCAACCACCCAGCUCAACCCCAACCUAUUCAAUUACGAACCAGAAUCAGAAAGUGCUAAGCAAAUAUUGCAGGGUAAAACAUUGACGUCAAAUGAAUAUUUGAAUUUGCCUUCAAGCAUUCGAACCGCUGCAACUAGUAAGAGCAUCUUUAAUAAAAAUGAAUACUAUUCAGUAUCCACUUCAGGUGAAAUUAGGCCCAUGUUGGUUGAGCUUAUAGAUACCCCCAGCUACAAUCCAGCCCAGAUAGUUCCUUACCUUGAGGCUUCACUAUAUACAAAUCUCGACAAAGAUGUCUUGCACAAUCUUGCCAAUGAGCCACGACGACCAGUCUCCACUAGUCCACUUUUAGUGGCUAGUGGUGCUAGCGAAUUGAAUGGAGACGUCAAUGGCUAUUUCUUUGUCUACAGUGCCAUCCCAAGCUUUGCACCGCCAGGAUAUGACGAUGGAGACAUGGGUAGGUUACCCAAAAAUCAUACUUUCAAUCUUUUACCUUCUAUGAAAGCAGCCCUUGAUGACGCAUGGGAGGAGUAUACUUCAUUUAGAGAAAACUGGAAACGUGGCCAAGAAGAAGACGUGUUUUCAUUCAAGAAUGCUUUUAAAAGCAUUUGGAAGACAAAUAUUGCCGAAUCUGAUACAACAAAAAUGGAAUUCAAAACGAACUCGCCGCCAGUCUGGAUAAUUUGUACUCAUGUCAGUAGCAACUUAGCUUCGAGACAAUUGAUAUCUGAAGGUAAGAAGUUAAGUGAGGAAUGGAGAUGUGGAUUCAUGGCCAUUGAUUGCUUGAAUGAUAUUGAUGAAGUCUUGUCUUUGAUGAUAAGGGAUAUACUACAGAUAAAGAGGCUGUAA